UUAUCUAAUAGGAGGGUCGCUAUAUUUAUUUUGAGUGUGAAUAGGAGCAAUUAUCGUGUAAACAAUAAGAGUCACUACUUUAUCACCAUUUUGAAGUCCACAUUCACAAUCAUCUGCUCUUUGAUUAACAACAUUUUUCAACUUCAUAUGUUGUACAUAACUUUUCAUUGAUUUUGCCUUUCGUGCAUCCAUAUGUUUGGGGUAAAUACUGUUAGUGCCUAACAUAUCUUUCAGUCUCGUGAUACGAAUUCACGCAAAUAAUUCAAAUCAUCAUAUGUAAUGAUCGAAUGGGGGCUAUUUCAGUAUAUUUCUCCAAUUGAUAAAUGUAUAGCUGAACAAACUUAGUAGUUGAACAUUUUGGUGGUAGUAUACUGCAUAAUCGAUGGUAAACCGUUCUCUAACAACAGAAGAGAAGAAUAGCAGAACUGGUCUUGCUCUCGAGCUGAGCAGGACUCUUUUCCUACAAGAAGUAUGCUGGAGACAGAAGUCGAGAGAAGUGUGGAUCAAGCUGGGGGAAAAAAUACAGGGUAUUUCCACAAAGUUGCAAAUUACAGAAGAAGGGUAAAUUACAUUGGUAGAAUAAGAAUAAAUGGACAGUUUCUUGAGAACAAAGAUGCGAUCGCUAUGGGGAUAGUUGGUUAUUAUCAGGGUCAGUUUAGAGAAAGUAUUCAACAUCGGCCUUUUCCCAAAUAUCUGUCUACAUCAGAUCUAGGGGAGAGAGAGCGCUACAUGCUGGAUAAGCCCUUCUCUGAACAGGAAAUUUGGCUCGGACUCCGCGAUAACGAUGGAAGUAAAGCUACUGGCCCCGAUGGCUUCACGAUAGAAUUUUUAAAAAAAUGCUGGCAGUGGUUGAAGGGAGAUGUCUUGAAAGCAUUCCAAGAUUUUUAUGAGUCUGGCUUCCUUCCUAACUGGGUCACCCACUCCUUCGUAUGUCUAGCCCCGAAGAAAGACACGAUAGAAGACAUAAAAGACCUGAGGCCUAUCAAUCUCAUCGGUAGCAUCAACAAGCUUAUCAGCAAGGUUCUGUCAAGGAGACUAAGCUUGGUGCUUCCGAAUCUGAUUUCCCAACAACAACAAGCCUCAGUUAAGGGGAGGCAGAUAUCCGAGGCUGGUCUCAUCGCUAAUGAGCUCGUCGAUAGUAGGAGGAAGAGCAGGAAGCCGGGGCUUAUGUUUAAAAUUGAUAUUGAGAAGGCCUUUGACAACGUAAAUUGGGAAUGUCUGUUCAAGAUCUUAACAGUCUUAGGCUUCUCAGAUAAAUGGAAGAAAUGGGUGAAAGGAACUAUGUGCUCUCUGAUAAUUUCAGUGCUUGUGAUUGGCGAAGCCAAAGGUUUUUUCAAGGCGUCUAAGGGUCUCCGCCAAGGAGAUCCACUUUCUCCAGGUUUGUUCGUUAUGAUGAUGGAAGUUCUUUCGUGGAUGCUGAAUUCUGCAAGAGAAGCCGGGAAAUUUGAAGGUUUCUACAUUAAAUAAGAAACCAAAGAGGGAGAGGUUACAUAUCUUUUAUUUGCAGCCGACACUCUUAUUUUUUGCGAGGCGGAUCACAAUCAGGUACUUAAUAUCCUUGCCACUAUAGCUUGUUUUCAAACAGUGACGGGAUUGAGAAUUAAUCUUGAUAAAUCAGUAAUGUACACGGUUGGGGAUGUGGCAGAGCCCAGUUUCUAUGCUGCCAUUUUUGGGUGUAAGUGGAGUAGAGAUCCCCUCAAAUACUUAGGCUUCCCCCUUGGUUCUAAACCUAAUGAUCCUGCCAUAUGGGACCCGAUUCUUGGAAAAUUUCAGAGUAAACUGAAUGGGUGGGGGAGCAGACACCUCUCUACUGGAGCUAGGCUGGUUUUGUGCAAAGCGGUACUCUCAAGUACGCCCACUUACCUAUUUUCUCUAUUCAAAGCGCCAACUAUAGUUAUUAAGGAGAUAAGAGAGAAUUCAGAAAAGAUUCUUAUGGAAUGGUGGGAGGGAUCUGAACAAAAUGGCUUUGGUAGAUUGGAAGGUUUGCAAAACUGAGAAGAAGAAAGGAGGCUUGGGCAUUCAUGAUCUCAAAGCAUUCAACUACGCUAUGUUGACAAAAUGGCUGUGGAGAUUUGGGAUGGAGAGGGACAGUUGGUGGCGGAAGCUAAUAAAUAUGAAAUAUCACAAUCCAUCCUCAUCCUGGCAGUCUAUCCGACCUAGAGGAGGGUUCUCACAGUCGGUUUGGGCCAAUAUAUCAAAAUAAAACGAUUUAUUUUGGAAGUUCGUUAGCUUGGAUCCGGGGAAUGGUACUAUGAUUUCCUUUUGGCACGAUUGUUGGAUCCCGGGAAAGGUCAUAUCCUCUGUGUUUCCUCGUGUCGCGGCAGCUGCCUCUGACCCUAACGCAAAGCUCUCCGACGUGGCAUCUAUUAACGGUAAUUCGGUGAGUUGGGUUCUUAAUUUGAAAUUUCCUUUGAGAGGGGGCGCGGAGAGGGAAAGAUGUGAGCUUUUAAAUUUGCUUGAGUCCUUAGAAGGUUCUGUUAAGGGAUUUAGUCCUUGCAGACUUGUUUGGAAUCCUAACCCAAAUGCCAAGUUUUCUGUGAGUGCAAUGUACAGGAGUUUAGUGAAAGAAGAGUUACAUGGAGUCCAAAACUUCCCAGCUAAGCAAAUCUGGAAAUCGACAAUACCGAGCAAAGUGUGUUCCUUCAUAUGGCUAGUUUAUCUAAACAAGGUCCUUACAUUGGAUAACUUGAAGAAAAGAGGGUGGACGUUGGUAAACAGGUGAGGCAUUUGCUGCUGCAAUGAAGAAUCAUCCUUCCACAUGUUUGUCGAAUGUGAUUUCGUGAAAGAAGUGUGGAGAAACAUUAACCGAUACAGCCCCAGUUUGUCCCCUCAAGGCUCUGACAUUGUGAUGAUUAUUAGGCAAAGUUCACACGACAAACCAACCAACAUUGGUGAAUGUCUCAAAGAUUGUAUCGUGCACGCAGUGUGGUGGUUUGUGUGGCUGGAAAGGAAUCAAAGAUUGUUCGAAGAGAAGACCUUAACGGCCGAUGUUGUGUCCAGGAGAGCUGUUCAGAACUGUAUGGAGUGGUUAGUUGCUCAAGGCAAGGUCGAGAAAGCAGAUGGAUAGAGCUGGCUAUGGAUAUAUGAGGAUGGGAGGGGUUAGCUCUCUGCGUUUGGAAUGAGCUUUUGCAGUGUGUUUAUUGCUUUGGCUGUUGUUUCUGAGGUUCCCUUCUGGUCUCUACAGUGGGUACAGUGGGUUGUGGGGUUGCUUCCCGGAUAUGGGCCUCUGUUAUUCUUCUUUCUUGGCGAAUCCGGCUUUGGCAUGUAAAUCUGCUUUGGAUUGGGUUGUUGCACACAACAAGGUGGACAAAAUCUGCAGCAGACAGUGGCUCGGUGUGUAGUUCCGAAGGAUCUGAUUCAGGUGUGGCUUGAGAGGAACUGUUGCUGCUGGUUGUUGAGCGGCCGGACAGAGAGGCUGUUGCUGAGCGGGCGCUUUCUUUGCCCCAGUUUUUGGGCCGAUGUCUUUUAUCCGCUAAGCGAGUUUCGUAGCGUGUUUGCUGUCUUCUGUGGUUUAUUGUUUUCUGGUUGCAGGGACUUCUUGGUUUGCCCAGCAAUCUUUUGUUUUCUUUUCCUUUUUUGGUUUCCCUUGGUCUCGCUAGAGUUCUAUGCUCGGGUUGCACUGCUUGUGCUCCUGUUCUAUUUUCUGCUUUUCAUUUGUUUCUUUGUGAGCUGGGACUUGCACUCUUUCUCAUCUCUUUUCUUUUUUAAUGCAAUUAUCACCAUUAUAAAAAAUAUAUAUAUAACUAAUGUCAAAAGAUACAAUUGUUGUGUGUAGUUCUUUUUUCAUGAUGUACUUAUGUAUUUUGAAAUAAAAUCAGCACGGCACUAACAUGUAUUUGAAUGAGGUCUAAGAGUAAAAAAUUCACAUUUAUGGUAAAUAACCACAGAGAAAAUAAACGUGGUUUAGAUCAAUGAAAGGGAGAGACUACUGCAUAUCAUGAGCAUGUAAUUAAGGUGGUGUAUCAUAGGGGUGGCAGUUCGGUUAUUUUGGUUAUAACCGGUAACUGAUCGGCCGAUAAUCGGUUAACCGAAAUAACUACCCCCUCUACCAAAAACCGACCGAAAUAGGUUUCGGUUUCUUGGUAUCUCGGUUAUCGGUUAACCGAACCACUUUUAAGACCAAAAACCAUUUUGUCUAGCCUCCAAUAACCGACCGAAGUUCGGUUACUUCGGUUAUCGGUUAGUGGAUAACCGACCGAUUAUCAAUUUAACCGGCCGGUUAACCGGUAACCGAACGGCCACCCCUAAACUAUAUCAUGACUAUAUUCCUCCUUAUAGUUUACUCCCCAGCAUCAUUACAAUUACAAAAAAUCAAGCUUUAUCUUUGCAUCGAACAACUUACGUGUAUUAAUUGAUAGCUAGAAACCGUGACACACAACAUAGAUAGGUAUGAAGAAGGAAUUUAGGAACGAAAGCGACUUGAGUGAAGUCCAAAUGCAUAUGUAUGUGAAAAGGUGGUGAACUAAAAUGUUCUAAUCAUUCACUCGCCAAUAAUGAAGAAUAAGCAAAAUG